AUGUUGCGACAGAGCAUAGCACGCCUUCGCCGGCAACCGAGGCUGUCGUGCGCGCGGCCGUCGUCGCACGCGACCAGCGGACCCGUCGCAAGCCCGGGACCCAUCCAGUGGGCUGCCCGACGACCCCAACCGCUCUCGACAACCUCACCUCUCCUCGCGCACCGCCGCUCCCUCCAGACCGCGGCGCCAUUGCAGCCCCUCCGCGGCCCUCCCACGCCCGACUCCCUCGGCGCACCACGAGCCGCGCGCUCCUUCACCCGCUCCCGCAAAUGGCUCCGGCGGCUGCUCAUCCUCACCGCGGUGAGCGGCACCGUGUACGUGAUCGACAGCCAGGUGUACGCGUCCGGGCUGGGCCGCAGCCUGCGCACCUUCGGCACCGGCGUGCUGGUGGCCCUGGACUACAAGAUCAACUUCCGCGCCAAGCCGCUGCCGCUGAUCGGGAGCGACGGCGGCAUCCCGGAGCUCCACAGGCGGUCCGCGGAGCGCAUGUUCGACCUGCUGCGGCACAACGGCGGCCUGUACCUCAAGAUCGGCCAGGCCAUCGCCAUGCAGAGCGCCAUCAUGCCCCCCGAGUUCCAGAAGAUGUUCUCGCGCAUGUUCGACGACGCGCCGCAGAACAGCUGGGACGAGGUCGAGAAGGUCAUCCGGCAGGACUUUGGCGGCCGGAGCGUGCAGGAGGUCUUCGGGGUCAGCUUCGCCGGCGAGGAGGGCAAGGGCGUGAUCGAGACGGCGGCCAGGGCGUCUGCCAGCGUUGCGCAGGUGCACUGGGCGAGGCUGCCGGACGGCAGGGAGGUCGCGCUCAAGAUCCAGAAGCCGGAGAUUGCGAAGCAGAUCGGCUGGGACUUGUGGGCGUUCAAGGUAGUCACAUGGGUCUACAGCAAGUGGUUCGACCUACCAUUGUACAGCCUGGUCCCUUUCAUCACGGAGCGGCUGGAACUCGAGACCGACUUUGUCAACGAGGCCAAGAACUCCGAGACGAUGCGCAAGCUCAUCAACGACGAGCCAACCCUCAAGGGCCGCGUCUACGUCCCCAUCGUCUACUCCGAGCUCUCGUCCAGGCGUGUCCUAACUACCGAAUGGAUCGAAGGCACACGACUGUGGGAUAAGGCUACCAUGACGGGCCCCUGGCUCGGCGGCUACGGGAAGGGAUCCCCCGGCGUGCACGGCAAGCAGCUGGACGCACCCGAUAUGGCGCGCAUCCGGCAGAAGUUGCAGCAGGGCCCCGGCGCCGGCGGCGCACAGCUCAAGCCGGAGCGGAACGAGUGGAAAGGACCGCGCGGCAGGGGCGGGCUGGGGCUGUCGGCCAAGGAGGUGAUGACGACGAUGGUAGACCUCUUCAGCGCGCAGAUAUUCAAGUGGGGCGUCGUGCACUGCGACCCGCACCCGGGCAACAUCUUCAUCCGGCGGCUGCCCAGCGGGCGCGCGGAGCUGGUGCUCAUCGACCACGGGCUGUACGUGUACAUGAGCCCCAAGUUCAGGCGCGAGUACGGCGAGUUCUGGAAGUCGCUCAUGACGUUCGACAACGACAAGAUCAAGGAGGUGACGGAGGAGUGGGGCAUCAAGGCGGCCGACAUCUUCGCGUCCGCGACGCUGAUGCGGCCGUACGAGGGCGGCGACCAGGAGUUCAAGCGCGGGCUCAUGAUGGAGGGCAUGACCCCCAGCGAGAGGAGCUACGCCAUGCAGCGGCGCAUGAAGCAGGGAAUCAGAGAUAUACUCGCCGAUGAGGACAAGUGGCCCAAGGAGCUCAUCUUCAUCGGCCGCAAUAUGCGCAUCGUACAGGGGAACAACCAGUUUUUGGGGUCGCCAGUCAACCGGGUCAAGAUGAUGGGCGAGUGGGCGUCUAGGAGCCUGUUCAUGGACCCGAACCUACCCUGGCCGGAGCGGCUUAGGUAUCGGUGGCGCCACCUGCUGUUCAAGACGGUGCUGUGGGGCUCGGAUAUCUUGUUCUACUUCUUCAAGAUACGGCAGUGGCUCGGCAUCGGGGGCGGCAUGGAAGACGAGGUCGAGGCGAGAAUGGCGGACAUGGCCAAGGACAUGGGUGUCGAACUCCAGCACGGGGUGUUUGAAGGCUGA